UGCAAUUAACGGUUUUAUGUACUACUGAAAUUUUAACAACAUUUUGGAAGUUGCGCUACUUCAGAAUGCAAGACUGUGGUUCAGUCUUUGUAGUCCCAGAUGGUGUCAUCAAUUGUCCUUCAAAGUGUUAUCUAGUCAAACUAAACCAUCCAAGAUCAGGUAUUUUGACUUCUGUUGAUAUGUUUUAAUCGAUUCUUCGUAGACAUACCAUGCCUAUUCCUGUGGAAUAGUCAAUCAUCUCAGCUUUUUGAAAUACAGAGCACAACUCAAAAAUUUCGUUCAUGGUUAGUUGGUGGAGAUAUUAAGACUGAUGGUGUGAUGUAUCUUUGCAGUCGGAUCGAUCCACUUUUCUUCUGCAUAUCAUUCUGCAAAAAACAGACUAAAUUUGUUUCAUGGCAUUCAUUGCUAAGCGAGGCAGGUGAUAAUUGUUCAAUACUUAGCAGUAUUUCCAACCUGGAGGGUCGUUUGGAAGAAAUUUGUGAGAAGAAAUGUGUUGGUAGCCUCUCUGUUUAUCGUUACGACGAAUCUCGGACAUUGGAAUGGUUAUCGAAUAGAGUAUCCGAUGUUUGUCAGGCUGCCCUUCAAUCGGCAAAUCCCGUUCUUAAUUCUCAGCUUCGGUUAAUUAUUUCCAGUUCUUCGUCUGAUGGCAGUAAAGGAGGAAGUGAAGAUUCACGAGUUCCAGAAUUUACAUCCAGUUCUGAAGAGGCUCAGCUGUUGUCAGUCAGUCAACUACCUCAACAGUUAUGCUUAGAAUUAGCUUAUCAGUUAGUGGCUGAUUAUCUUACCCCGGACAUAUCAAAAAAGCUACGAGAAAAGAUUGGUUUGAAGACUUCAGAAGAUACUCCAUCAGAUAUAAACACUUCAACAACAGUAGAUUCUGAGAAUGUAGAUCCUGCUGUUGAGCUACACCAGAAGUCAGAAAAUUCAAAGAAUUGUCAACCUAAAGAAGACUAUUCAUCUGUUUUAAAGUUGAAAGAAUCGAAGACUAACGAGCCAGUUCCAAAGAAGGCGAAAAUACCAAAGGGUGUACAGUCGAUUACCAGCUUCUUCACGAAAAAAUAACCCAUGUGUGUACAUUUUUGUAUGUAUCAAAUGUCCUGCCUUUCUGUUAUAAAUGUAUGAUAUGUUACUUACUACUACUGUCUUUAUGCAUGUGUGUAUAUAUGUGUGUGAGUGUGUGUAUAUUCCUGUAUUUUAUACAUUACCAGAUAAAUAUGAUCUCAUAUUGUGAAUGAAA